CGUUUUUCCUUUUCCGUGUUGAAUGUGAUUGUGAUUUCUUGAAUCGUGAUAUGAUUUGUGAAAUGACGAUUUUAGAACAACUCACAUGCGUGUUGAAAUAGUUUUUCAGUUUUAAUGUAUUCGAGACAAAAUUAUUGGACUAGUAAGAAUAGUAGAAGCUAUGUGUCAAAUCGUAGUUUGAUUGUAAUUUAAAGGUAAAGUGAAUUUUGGAGGUAAAAUGCCCGCUUCCAUUUGUGACCCUGUAUCAAACGCAUUGCGUUUGUCUCUCACGGCUGAUGAAUCACAAACUUCAACAUUAUUGGAUAGCAGAUUAUAUUCAUCAGCCAAAAAUGUGCUUUUGUCGAAGAUAGAAUUUGAAGAAUCUGGUGAUUAUCAAAGCAACGUUCUUGAUGGACUUAAAUCAAAAUACGUGGUUAUUCGACCUAAAAAACCUGUCUUGGAGACAAAAAUCUUUAAAAAGGAUGUCACCACAAGCGGACAGAGUAAUGAUCACACGAAAAAUGGAGAUGAUGGGCUACCAAGACCCAAGAAGAUCUUGUUUCCUGUGGAAAAAGUACAAUUAGGCUGGCAAGGACCUUGGUCUGCAGGGUCAGGAAUGCAAAAUGUUGGCAACACAUGUUACCUUAACUCUACCCUUCAAGCACUCUUUCAUGUACCUGCUUUUGCCAACUGGCUUGUAUCAGAAUCUUCUCAUUCUGAAAAAUGUAAUCAACAAGAGGCUUGUGUCAUUUGUGGCAUGAGAGCAACAUUGAUGGCAACCCAAAAGAGUGGUGGCUCUCCAAUGAAACCAUGGCAAGUCUACUCAAAGUUGAGGCUCAUUUGUAGACACCUAACACCAGGACGGCAAGAAGAUGCUCAUGAGUUUUUAAGAUACCUUGUUGAAGCAAUGGAAAAAUGUUAUAUAUCAAAUUUUAUAAACUCAGACAAAUUGGAUCAAUAUAGUAAAGAGACUACUCCAUUAAAUCAAAUUCUCGGAGGGUAUUUAAGAUCAACUGUACGUUGUCUUGCUUGUCACCACUUAUCUACUACAUACCAGCAUUUUCAGGAUCUUCUAGUGGAUAUCAGGAAACAUUCAACAUUAGAUGAAGCAUUGGAUUCAUUCUUCUCAAGAGAAAGAUUGGAAGAUCUGGGUUAUAAAUGUGAAGCUUGUAAUAAAAAGGUAUCGGCAACAAAACAAUUCUUUGUUGAAAGAGCUCCAAUGGUUCUAUGUAUUGCAUUGAAACGGUUCUCACUUGCUGGAGGGAAGUUAUCAAAACACGUACAAUUUAGAAAGAAAAUUACACUUUCCAAGUAUAUGUAUAACAAAAACACACAACAGCCAUUGUCAUACAAGUUGGUAAGUCUUGUCACACAUUUGGGACCAUCACAGAAUUGCGGCCAUUACACAGCCAUUGGGCAAGCUCCAAACAGUAAUUACUAUCAAUUUGAUGACAGUUGUGUUCGGUCGCUACCGCUGUCUGCAGUGCUCGGCACUAAUGCCUAUAUUAUGUUCUUUGAAAAAGACAACUCUAUAGAAGACUUUAACGGACCUUCAACAUCAACUAAUUCCUUUUAUGGAAGCCAAGCAUCGGAUAAUAUUUUGAAUAGAGAAAAAAGUCCACUGAAAUUGACCUUUUACAAUAGAAAUGAUGAACGAAAACUCAUACCUACAAACAGUACAAACAAUAAUUCGAAACCUGAUGUCAAACCAAUAAUAUUAAAUUCGACACUUAGUCAAGCGACAGAUGCCAGCAGCUCAAACUCUGAGCCGUGGGUUGUCAAACAAAACGGUGAAGUGGAAAAGGUGACUGCUCCUAAGAUUCUCAAUGGAAUUGAAAAAACAAACUUCAAAGUUGAAGAUAAAAAAAUCUGUUUCAUCUUGAAGAAGCCAGAAGAUGUUCCCAAGUCGAAACUUGUGAAGACUGAGCCAGAGAGUGCAUUUAUUGGUCCGAAGCUGCCGGAGAAAGUUUUAAAUAAAUUUGUAAGGCAAAAGUCUCCGUUAGAGAAGUUAGAAGAGCAGAUGAAUAAAGGCAGUACAUCUGGUUAUGUUCAGAGAAAUGGCACCGGGUCAAAGUUAGUGCCGUACGAUUCAGAAUCAAGUAGUGAUGAAAGAAGUGAGAAGUUGAAUGAUGAGAAGAAAAAAGAUGAAAGAAAACCUAAACCUAGUAGAUGUCAGUCACCGCAGCACCUCAUAGUGACCACAAAAGGCAUGCAUCACGCUUGGACGGUGUCAAAUGAAAAUAGUGCUCCCUUACUCAGUCCCAGCCUCAACGGAGACACUAACAAAAAACUUAAAGACAAAGAAGACCGAGUGGGUGAAACACAAGAGAGUCCCAACACCAGUGUUAGCAGUAUGUCUCCUCUGAGCGAGCGAGAGCCUUCGCCCCCGCGACCUGCUCCGGCACCCGCUGCCCCUCAGCACUCGGGCUCUGCCCUCGAGACGGCCAGGCAUUUGCAAGGCCUUUCCCACAGGGGCUAUGGGGCACCCGUUUCUUCCUGGAAUGGCACUCAUAGUCAUUUAUCCAGACAGGUAUUCGAAGAAAGGCGUGACGAAAGAAAGCGGGCUCUCAACGCCUCGGACGAAAUGGAUUGCGGUCGUUCCAAAAAAGUGAAAAAGUUCCAUCAUUACAACCGUUUCCAUAACAGGCACGAUUAUAAUCCAUUCCAGGAUAAACAGAACAAGAUGCAGUGGGGUCACAACUUCAAAUACCGCAGUGAGCGACGGCCCGGACAACAAUACAACAAACAUCAUAACAAGUAUAAGAGAUUCAAUAGAUUCAGCAAUGGCGCCCAUUACAGACGCCAUUGACCCUGGUCGGUCAACAGUUUGACACUGUACAUAGUUGAAUGGACUUUAUGAGUAAGUUAAUUAAGUGCGAACUUACCGCUUGACAUAGUGAAAUUUAGUGACGUCAUAACUGCCUUGCGCAGCCUUAUUUUUUGUAAAAUACGCCGGAAAAGGUCUCAUAAGCGUACUUUACGCCUCAAUGUUUUGUUACGUUCUCAUAUUUGAGGGUGAUAAAGACAAACAAUUCGGUUUGAGGCCCAGAGUACGUUUAUACGCCUUAUUGUGAUUAAAUACGCCUCAUUAGUUAGUGGUUAAUGGUACAUCGUCAGAAGAUGCUCAUUUGUUGUCUUUGUGAGAGAGACAGCUAUAUUUUUAAGUGUUCGCUUGAGUACAAUAGACAAUUGAUAAUGGAUAGUGUUGAAAGAUUUAGUCUCUUUCCGGAAUUACUAGAGAGAAAGAGAUGGAUAUCCUUGGUCUAUCUUGCCUUUACUGUAUAAACGAGACAAAAAAAAAAUUGCAUGCAGAUUAUUGUGAUUAAAAGAAAAAUAGUAUUUAAUAACGCUUUAAAUAAUAAAAUGCAUAUAUAAUGAUCAUGUUAUGUAUUCCUUUUUCAUUUAAAGAGAACUGAUAUAAACGCGUUUAUUACAUUUACACUCGAAACCUCUAGUUAUGUAAUAAUUAGCCUAAAUCUUAUUUAAAUGUAUAGGUAACAUUUUGCUUAGUUCGUUUGAACAUAAAAGGCCAUUUCAAUUUAGUAAAAUAUUCCUUAACACAUAGUAUUAAAGGCGCCAUUACAAGCAUUUAGCAACACCUUGCUAGUUAUGGCAAUUCAAAAUAUAAUUAAAAAUUCGUUCAAGUUCAGCUUCGAAACACUAGUGAAUAUUUUUAUGAGUAAAUUAACCGCCACGUGCAAUUCUGUUUCUUUGCUUACUGACAGACAGACACAAAUUUAACUAUUAUGAUUAAUAUUUUAUACUUUUUGUUUAACGGAUGUUUAAUGUUUUUAAUGUUUUAAAGCUUCAGAGUUAUCGAGGCAUAUCUACCCUCAUAUGAUCGGAGGGUACUUGAAAAUAUUUUCCCGUAAAAUUUGGUUGAAAUAUAUAACUGUCAUUAAGUAAUUGAAUAAUUGGAUUAGUUGUGUUUUUGAAGUUUAUGUUAGGUAAAGUAAGUUCUGUCUUAGUUUUGUAUAGAAGUAGGUUAACUAAUAUUUUUUGUAAAUAGUUUCUGAAGUAUUUUCUUUUACUUGGAUUUUGUGAAUAAACAAUCCGCCAAACUUCGUUAUCGCUGUGAAUAUGUAAUAAUAAAAUGAAAAUGGUUUUCAUAACAAUUAGUUAAUUCAUAAACUAACUAAACUCAAAUAACUCAAUAAAUUUGAUCGAAUAAAAACAAUCUCGUAAACGAAAUCGAAAGGCUUCAAUGUGAUCAACUUGGCGAAAAAAUGUCUGGAGGGUGAUAAUGUAUAGUAAAAACAGAAUGGCUACGCUACGAAAUCUACGUAAUAUAAUGUUUCGUCAUAUAUAAGUUCAUUCUAAUUAAAGAAUUCACCACCUCUUAUUAGAAAAAAAUACAGAAAAGUCCAAAAAAAUUGUUUUUUUAUUAUUUUACUACACACCAGUUAUGAAGUUUGGCGAAGUGCUUAAUAACAAUUGUCAUUUUUUUUCAAAUUCAGAAUUGUCAAAUCUAAUAGAUUCUUUAUUCAAAUAAAGAGUUUACAACAAAAUGACAAUUUGCUAUUAGUUUAGAUUUGUUUUAUAUAUAAUCCAUGUAAAUGUCAUGUCAGAGCAUUUUUAUUUUUUGCAUUUUAAUUUAAGAAGACUUAAAACUGUUUUAAUGCCAGAAGCAUAUACCUUGUUGCGGCUUUCAAUCGUAAGAGUUAUAUACCCAGUGCAGAUAUGUUGGAGGCAAAAAAUUAUUCUCUUUACACUAAAGGGUUUAGUUUUCGUUUUCAAUAGAAUGACUAUGUUUUUGUAAGUGUGGAUUGAAUUGUAUAAGUAUUACAGUAUCAUGGGUUAUAAAAUGUAUAAUAGUUUAAUUUUUGACUUUUAAGUAUGGAUGUAUGUAUGUCCAUUAAAAUGCAUAAAGCAAUCUUACUACCUAA